CUGCUAGAUGUAGAGAUAACAUUUCCGCAACAUGAAGCAUCAGAUGAAGCAGGAGCGAAAAAACAGAUGGGGAUGUUCACCAUUAGAAGCAUUAAGCGGAUUACCCGAGUAAUGCGGGGUUUAUUUAUUUCGUCACAUUUCUACUUUCCAUCUUUCCUGCUUUUCCGUAGAAAACACCCUGCUGUCGCUACGUAGCCUUGCUCCGCCCACGAUUACUGCAGUUCGCCUGAUACGUUGCGAAGUAACACCUCUGCACGGGACAGUGCAACAUAUAGUGCCUGCAAACUCUUUUUUAAACGCAAAAGCCGAGCUCACAUCUGGAUUUCAGCAGGGUUGAUUGAUGAUUUUCAAUAUGGAUUUAUAACCAGAUCCUGACUGCAGAACGGGCGACUCGUCUCGACUGCUGCUCCCUCAUUAGCUCCACAAUGUAUCCAACGAUACGGACGCUUUUACUAUCAAAUGCGCACUGCUGGGAUGCCGACAGCAAGAGGUCAUACCAGGACUUAUUCGAGAAGCUUGAUGCCAAUAAAGAUGGGAGGGUGGACGUCGCUGAAUUACGAGCGGGCCUCAAGGCAAUGGGCAUAUUUCGCCAGGGAGCCGCACAGAAAAUCGUGUCGUCUGGGGAUCAGAACAAUGAUGGGAGUCUCGACUUCAACGAGUUCAGCAACUAUCUGAAAGAGCACGAGAAGAAGCUGCGGCUCACAUUCAAGAGCCUGGACAGAAACAACGAUGGGCGCAUUGAUGCCUCAGAGAUCCAGCAGUCCCUUGCAGAGCUGGGCCUGGAUGUCAGCAAAGAGAAUGCCCUGAAAAUAUUACAGAGUAUGGACAUUGAUGGGACGAUGAUGGUGGACUGGAACGAGUGGAGAGAACACUUCCUGUUAUGCCCUGCUCACAACCUGGAAGAGAUCAUACGCCACUGGAAACACUCCUCGGUGCUGGACAUAGGGGACAGUCUUGCCAUCCCAGAUGAGUUCACAGAGGAGGAGAAGAGCUCAGGUCGAUGGUGGAAGCAGCUUGCUGCGGGGGCCGUGGCAGGGGCCAUCUCUCGCACUGGGACUGCCCCUCUGGACAGAAUGAAGGUCUUCAUGCAGGUUCAUUCUUCUAAGACUAACCCCAUAAGCCUGGUGGGGGGCUUCAGUCGGAUGAUCAAAGAGGGAGGUCUGUCCUCACUGUGGAGGGGAAAUGGGACCAAUGUUUUAAAGAUCGCACCAGAGACAGCUAUCAAAUUCAUGGCAUAUGAACAAUAUAAGAAGUUGUUGUCAUCAGAGGGCCAGAAGAUUGCGACACACAAGAGGUUUGUAGCUGGCUCUCUGGCCGGAGCCACCGCACAGACAUCCAUCUACCCCAUGGAGGUAUUGAAAACUAGACUGACCCUUGGGAAAACUGGCCAAUAUACAGGAAUGUUUGAUUGUGCCAAGAAGAUCCUGAGGAAGGAGGGAAUCAUGGCUUUCUACAAGGGCUACGUCCCAAACUUAGUGGGCAUAAUCCCCUACGCUGGGAUAGACCUCGCUGUUUAUGAGACUCUAAAGAACACGUGGUUGACGCAUCACACCAAAGACUCAGCUAACCCUGGAGUUCUGGUGCUGGUGGCCUGCGGCACCAUCUCCAGCACCUGCGGACAGCUGGCCAGCUAUCCCCUCGCACUGGUGCGCACACGGAUGCAGGCACAAGCGUCUCUGGAUACAACAGACCAGCCCUCCAUGAGCAAUCUGAUGAAGAAGAUCGUAGCCAAAGACGGCUUUUUUGGACUCUACCGAGGCAUCCUGCCAAACUUCAUGAAAGUAAUUCCUGCUGUCAGCAUCAGCUAUGUUGUUUACGAGUACAUGAAGACUGGCUUAGGAAUUUCCAAAUGACCCUGGAAGCCAAUGAAAAAAGAACAUUAACUUAAUUAUUGGACUUGAAAAUGACUGUAAUAACUCCAGAAAUACAGACAGACAUACAGAGCAUGACUUCCGCGAGCUGGAACAGGAGUUCAGCGGAUGGAAAACUGUAUGUAUCCUAAUGGUGGUCUAUAAUUAGCUAAAGCAUGUAUCGUUUGUGCUGAGCAUGCUUUAAUUAUUAUUCGAAUGUUACACAUAAUGCACUCCCUAAGUAUGUACACUGUCCAAAAGAAUAUUUCACACAUAAAAAACGUAACGUAAUUGAUACAUACAUAACAUUAGCAUCAACGCAAACAAAAACAACGCAUCUUCAGUUAGCAAAUUCAUUGUACUGUUACUCUUUAAAUGGAAUGCCUGAUCAAAAUGGAAUAUCAAUGGGACACAAUGUGGUGCUUUUUGAUAACAAAAUAAAUAUUUUCUUCAGAGAA